AUGGUGGGGCUAUCGUUGUCACAAGCGGAGCUACUCAAAGUGGGGCCUAUAGCGAGCCACCACUCGUUGCGGCUGCUACCAGUUAGCAAGAAGAAGAAAAAGCAAAAAUUCGUCAUUGGCGACGAGUAUGGCGUCGUGUCGAGCUACCAGAUGAAGAAAGGAGAGCCGCAAAAUGUGUACAAGUCGGUGACACUUGCAGGUCCCGUGGCGUGUGUCACUAUGGGAACUAACAAAGGUACCGAGGACAAGGCGUUCGUCGCCACGGGACAACAUGUCCACGGUCUGAGCAAGAAAGGCAAGGAAUUCUUUAAGUUCCAGAGCAAUCUGGCCGAACCAAUGCGGAAGAUCCACGCCUAUGACAGUCAACUCUGGACAACUACAGACUUCACCUUCAACCAGUACGAUAACGGAGCAGACAAGCAUUCGUACGUUAGUCCAGAUCGCAUCAACGACGCCAUUGUGGUGCCUAUCAAUCAUGAGCAGGACUUCUACGGAGUCCUUGGGUGUCAAGACCGCUAUAUUCGCGUUGUCAAAGACUCCAAGUCGGUGUCAAAGAAGGCAAUGGCUGCUCCAGUUACAGCACUGUGUCGAGUUCCACCGACGACCGGCAAGGGUGCAGCCUCGUCGGGUCCUGCUCACAUCCUCUAUGGCACAGCAGCUGGAGGUCUUGGUCUCAUCAGCUACAAUGGAGACAAGCUCAAGAACAAAUGGAAGACUUCAUCCCAGACUGCCUUGCCCUCCAGUACCAGCAAUGAUUCUGGUACCCAUGCAGACGGUGGCUUGCCUCAGUCCACAGCUACUAUCAACUCCAUCACAUGCUUCGAUAUCAAUCGGGAUGAUCACCCAGAGAUCCUCGUAGGUCGAGAUGAUGGUCGUGUUGAGGUCUACUCGUUUAAUUCCAACUCGGGCGACGUGGUGAAGCUGUUUGAACACGCCAACAGCGACAGUAUCCGCUGUGUUCAAGGUGGAAUCGUGGCCACUCCUGGAUUCGAGGAACUCGUAGCGACGACCUUCUCCGGUCGCGUGCUGAGCUUCACUACAGAACCGCUGGAUCAGCCCGACGACGACGACACGUACGGUAGAUCACGCGGAACUGUGCAGCGAGAGACUCGUAUCGUCAAGUUACGCAAGGAAGUAGCUGCUCUGGAGGACAAGAUCGCGCGAUUGAGUCUGCAGCGAGGCGCCAGGGACAAGGAAUACCUCCCAGUGGCUGAAGAUUUGGUGGUGAACAGCAAGUUCCAACUGAACGCAGCGUUGGCAGCCUAUGACGUGUCGCUUGAAAUCCCAGUGAGUAUCCAAAUGAUCGUGCUGCACUCAGCUGUACCAUUGGAUCUUCUUGAGAACGAGACCAACCUCGCCAUUGUCAGCAAGUCUCCGGUCGACCCAGCGAAUGGUACACACUUCUUGGCUACGUAUCGAUGUCUGGAGCCCACCCACCGACUGGAGUUCCAAGUGCGUACUAUCGAAGGCCAGUUUGGUCACGUGGAGGCUACAGUGGUGGCAAACACGCAGCCUCGGUCGGCGCAGACUAUCAAGUUUUACGUCAAGCCACUGUCACUGCAUCAUCGCGUCAACGAACUCACGGAGGCUGAAGAAGCUGAGCUGCACAAGCCGUGCAAUACGCUGCAACUGAGCGGUGACUUCUCUCUCGUACAGAUCCAUGACUGGGUAUCCAUGUGUCUACCUGAGGUCCCGGGUCGUCUGCAGACGGAGGACGUGACGCUGCGCUAUCGAAACACAUUCCUUGGGAGCUUGCUGGUAUGUCGAUACAGUAAGGGGGAGGCCAGCUUCUCGACGCCUUCCGUGUCGGUCAUAGCGAUUCUGAAGGAGAUCAUCACCAAGGAAGCCACGGCGCGCAAAACCACGCUCAACAUCUCGCUGGAUAUUAAGAAGGAGAGUGUGCCGGUUAUGCUGGGCUACUUACGUCCUCUGCUGGAUGCCAAACACGCGUUAGCCUCCCAAGUCAAGCUUAUCGAUGGCCUCAAGGAGCUGCAGCUGCACGAGGAGGAUUACACGGCCUGGAUGGCGCCGGAGUACCAGCAUAUCCUCGAGAACUCGGAGAAAAUCUUGGCAGAGUUCAAGCUCAGCCCCAAGGCGCUCAACUAUCUUGCUGGUAUCCUGACUGAUCUCUACGUCGACCUGUGCAAGUUCCGCGGCACCAGUGCCAAACAGAAUUUGCCACGGCUUUACCAGCUCAUCGAGCACUACCACUUCGACACGCUUGUCGAAUUUUAUAUGCGAGAGUAG